GUCGCUGUCAGGCCUACAGACGCAGCAGAUUCCAGUAGGGGCCAUUACAACCCUGGUCAACUACAAGAGACUCUGUUUUAGGACAAGAUCUGCUGAAAGAAAGAAAAACAGACUAUGAUGAAUCCAAUUGCAUGGUGUCUCUUUGUGGUGGCCAUGAGGUGUACCGCUGCCCAGGGGACCUCUUGUUCAUCCUCAGCCACUGAACUCACAAACCGUACAAGUCAAGCGGCUGCAGAUAUUGUCUUCUUACUGGAUGGGUCUGGGAGUGUGGCGGCAGACCAGUUCUUGGUCAUGAAAACAUUUGUGAAAAAUGUGACCAGGAGUCUCCUGCAGUUUAACACCUCAUUUGCCUUUGCACAGUACUCCAGUGGAACCAGCAUCCAUGUGACCUUUCAUCAGUUCCAGAGAACAGGAUGGGAAAAUCAGGUGGACAGUAUCAGCCAGAUAAGAGGAGGCACAAAUACUGCAGCUGCUAUCCAGAGAGUUGUGAACAGCCUGUUUGAUUCUUCUGCUGGAGCGAGACCUGAUGCCCAUAGAAUCCUCAUUGUCCUCACAGAUGGCCAAUCCUCGGAUGCUUCAAACUACCCCAGUGUCACAGCACUGGCUGAUGGAAAAAAUAUUACUAGAUACGCUAUUGGGAUUGGAAGUGCCUUUAUCAGUCAGUCAGCACAAGAUGAGCUCAGGAGUAUCGCAUCUUCACCAGAAUCAGACUACGUGUUUAGAGUGGACAACUUUGAGGCACUGGACAACAUCAGCAGCAGACUGGAGAAGAGCAUCAUGGUCUUAGAAGGGGUGAUCGCCACAACUUGUUCACCCAUAACUGUACCUGAGCCACCAGUGACUGCAAGCCAAGGGACCUCUUGUUCAUCCUCAGCCACUGAAUUCACAAACCGUACAAGUCAAGCGGCUGCAGAUAUUGUCUUCUUACUGGAUGGAUCUGGGAGUGUGGCGGCAGACCAGUUCUUGGUCAUGAAAACGUUUGUGAAAAAUGUGACCAGGAGUCUCCUGGAGUUUAACACCUCAUUUGCCUUUGCACAGUACUCCAGUGGAACCAGCAUCCACGUGACCUUUCAUCAGUUCCAGAGAACAGGAUGGGAAAAUCAGAUGGACAGUAUCAGCCAGAUAAGAGGAGGCACAUAUACUGCAGCUGCUAUCCAGACAGUUGUGAACAGCCUGUUUGAUUCUUCUGCUGGAGCGAGACCUGAUGCCCAUAGAAUCCUCAUUGUCCUCACAGAUGGCCAAUCCUCGGAUGCUUCAAACUACCCCAGUGUCACAGCACUGGCUGAUGGAAAAAAUAUUACUAGAUACGCUAUUGGGAUUGGAAGUGCCUUUAUCAGUCAGUCAGCACAAGAUGAGCUCAGGAGUAUUGCAUCUUCACCAGAAUCAGACUACGUGUUUAGAGUGGACAACUUUGAGGCACUGGACAACAUCAGCAGCAGACUGGAGAAGAGCAUCAUGGUCUUAGAAGGGGUGAUCGCUACAACUUGUUCACCCAUAACUGCAUCUGAGCCACCAGUGACUGCAAUCCAAGGGGUGACCUCUGCAACUUGUUUGCCUGUAGCCACGUCUGAACUCACAUACCAUACGAACCAAGCGGCUGCAGAUAUUGCCUUCCUGCUGGAUGGAUCUGGGAGUGUGGCGGCAGACGACUUCAUUGUCAUGAAAACGUUUGUAAAAAAUGUGACCGCAAGUCUCCUGGAGUUUAACACCUCAUUUGCCUUUGCACAGUACUCCAGUGGAACCAGCAUCCAUGUGAACUUUCAUCAGUUCCAGAGAACAGGAUGGGAAAAUCAGGUGGACAGUAUCAGCCAGAUAAGAGGAGGCACAAAUACUGCAAAUGCUAUCCAGACAGUUGUGAACAGCCUGUUUGAUUCUUCUGCUGGAGCGAGACCUGAUGCCCAUAGAAUCCUCAUUGUCCUCACAGAUGGCCAAUCCUCGGAUGCUUCAAACUACCCCAGUGUCACAGCACUGGCUGAUGGAAAAAAUAUUACUAGAUACGCUAUUGGGAUUGGAAGUGCCUUUAUCAGUCAGUCAGCACAAGAUGAGCUCAGGAGUAUUGCAUCUUCACCAGAAUCAGACUACGUGUUUAGAGUGGACAACUUUGAGGCACUGGACAACAUCAGCAGCAGACUGGAGAAGAGCAUCAUGGCCAUAGAAGGGGUCACUAGAGUUUGUUUACCCACGAAUACCAGCAAAGUGCCUGCAGUGCGUGUGAUCUGUAUGGAGAAGUUCAUGGCCUUUGAGCUGGAGAGAUCUGCUGCCAUUGGGCUCCAUGAAGACCACCUGCGGCUCAACGACCCCAACUGCACCCUCUACUCCAACGGCACCCAUGUGUUGGUCAACAUGUCGCUCACCGCCUGUGGGACCUUGAUGGAGGACGAUGGAGAAUAUCUAAUUUUUAAAAAUGAGGUGACAUCGUUCGAUGACCCCAAUGACAUCAUCACCAGGAGACAUGAAGUGGAGAUUGAGUUCUGCUGCAAGUACCCUAAAAGAAGUGGAGUGACCAUCGAGUUUGACAUCCACAGACCAUCCCACACCUUCAAACAGAAAGGCUUUGGCUCGUUCACCUACCAGUUUGAGUUCUUUCAGUCUGCUCAGUUUUUGCAGAUGAUGGACCCAAACACCUACCCACUGGACUUCAUCCUGGGAGACAUGAUGUACUGGCAGAUUGAAGCCAUCUGCUCUGUCCCAAACACAGAGCUCUUUGUGGAGUCCUGCAUUGCGGCCCCUAGUGACAACCCGAAUGAACCUCUUUCCUACAACAUCAUUGAGAAUGGAUGCAAGGUGGACGAGACUGUGCAGAUGUACUCCAGCCACCAGUCCAAAGUCCAGCUGGGGAUGAAGGCCUUCAAGUUCCUUGGGCUGCAUGACCAGGUGUUCAUCACCUGCUCGGUCAUCCUGUGUAAGGCUGGGGUACCUGGCAGCAGGUGCUCUCAGGGCUGCACCAACAGCUCCGUCUCAGGGCACCGAAUCAGCAAGAGGGAGGCUCCAUUCCAGACCGCCAAGCACUACAUUUCCCAGGGUCCCCUGCGCCUCAGACGAGAUGUGGCCAGCCCAGUUUCUUUGCAGGCCCAACCCACUGCAAACAUGAACCUUGUUGUUGUUGUUGGGGGUCUCCUGGUAGCUGUUGCUAUGGUGUGUGUACUGAUCUACAAGACUAGAGGGUCAAAGGUCAAAUAUGAGAGAGUGCCAUCCCCGGAUAUUUGAAAUAGCAGCUUUCAUUGGCCAGAUAGUGGACUACUCCUGUUACCCCUGCCUAUGUUCCUUCACAUAUAAAAGACAUAUCAGACACAGGUGUUUGCUUUUCAGAUUCAGAUUUUCUCAGGGAAAAUAAGGCAUAUGAUCAACUGAACAUACUCAAAAGGGGAGAAUUAGGAAAGCACUAUAGACACUUUCUCUCAAUUAUCUGGGGUUAUGAUGUUAUGAUAAUAGCUUCAGUUGUUUUUAAAGUGGGAUUUAUAUAGAUACAUUUUAUAUUGAGAUGCUGGGUUUAUUUAGAUAUAUAGGUAUACCGCCCUUUACUUCAUUGCAUAAUUAAUAGAUAAACAAUAUUCUCAGGGAUAAUAUACUUUAAGGUAGUAUUAGGAAACUAUUAGACUGUUUCUCGCAAUUAUUUGGGGUUAUGAUGUUCUGAUAAUAGCUUCUGUUUUUAUGAUGUGAGAUUAAAUAUUCAGAUUUUAUUUACAUAAAUGGGUAUAAUGUCCUUUACUUCACUGCUUAAUGAAUAAAUGACAUUCUUCA